GGAAAACUCUCCUCAGAAUUCAGUAAUCCCUAAAUAUUCAACAUAACUUAGCACAGGGGAUUAUAAUCUAGCUAAUAGUGGGUGUCGUCUUCGGGGAGCCUCUGGGUGGAGUGGGCCAUGGGAAUCAUGGGACUCUGUCCAGUGAAUGAAGAGGUAAUUCUUGGCUACCUGAAGUGUCACCAUUAAAACUAAAGGCAGAUUUGUCAGGUGGCUGGGGCCCAUGCAGCCCUGGCCCCUCGACUGUAAGCUGCUGUCCUGCUGUCCUGCUAGACAGACAAGCAACAGGGCCGCUGGCCCACUUAACACAGGGCUCUGGAAACAGAGAGAGCUCGGCCUAGUAUCCACAUCACUGAUCCUGGUAGGUCAGGAACACUGGCUCCCUAGGCUAGGUCCAGAGAGUUGAGAACAGAGGGUGCCGAGUCCUCCUCCCCACUUCCUGGAUGUCAGAUGACUCCAGCUUUUUGGAUCCUCAACUGAGCCCUUGCCUGAACUCCUCUUAGUGUCUUGUGCCUUGGAAACUUAAGCCACUGCCCUGGCCAGAAAACCAAACCCCUCUCAUGGUUCUUGGGACCUAAUGACCCAUUCUCUCAAAGGGCAGCUUUGGAGGAGCUCUUAAUGGGUGAUAGGACAGAACCCAGGCUAGCCCCUGCUGGGUGCCCCACCCCCACCCUGUGAUUACCUAACAAUUGUUCCCUAGCGUUGCUCUAGGUCAUAAGGACUGAGGAUGGGUUCUGUGAUGUUUUGGGAAUGCGACCUUGGGGAACUGCUUCAGAGUCCCGGGUGGACAUAAGCCUCCCUAACACCAAUGAGCUCCCCCUCCCAUACCCCUAAUCCGUCCCCAACCCAGUCCCCAUCCCAGUCCCGAUCUAACCACGCUGAUAAUCAGCAGCUCCCCCUAAGCUCUGGAGGCUCAGCCCCUUCCCCUUCCCCCACCCGGGGGGCUUCCCGCCCAACCUCUCACAACCCUACCCCAGCUGCCUCUCAGCCUUCCUCCCGAGCUUCCUCCCAGUCUCCGAGUCCCCAUGUCCAGCAUGUGCCCAGAGGGUCUGCUCAGGUUCCUACCCCUCCAGCCUCCAAAUCUCCCUCCCAGACUGGUCUAAAAUCCCUCUCUCGAAACCCUUCCCUGACACCCUCGGUGACCGUUACCAGGUCCCCUUCCCAUAGCCCUGCCGCCUCAGCCUCCUACAUCGGGCCUGCCAUUGGUCCCAUUCGUUCCAUCCCUUCCUACAUCGCCCCCUAUGUGCCACGUUUCAUGAAAGAGCCACCCUAUUUCCAGCCCCCUACAGCACCUCUUCCACAAAAUCGGUGCUUCCCCUGCCCCUUCCCAUGCCAGGCCCAGCAAACCAGGCAGCCACCACCACCACCUCCCGACUCUCUCUACUUCCCCCUCCUGCCACCUCCCCCCCACGUUCCCCAGUCCCAGUGCUCCUAUCCCACACCCCCAGCCCUGUUCAUACCCCCAUCCUCCCUCUCCUACACUCCACCGACGGAGGUCCUGCUGAAGGGGAAGCCGCACGUCGUACCGUCGGUCCUACCAGCCACCUUCUAUACCCCGUUCUCGCGCUUCUACUCCCAGCCCCGGCCCUAUCGCUAUCACAGGCGCUUAACACUACCCUCACUCUCCCUUCAAUACGAUGGUGCUGGGCGCUCUGUCCAUUUCUAUCGUGGGACCUAG